AUGGAAUGGUUUCCUCAAGACGCCAUGAAAGCUUACCUACACACUAUUCAGCUGUGUAAGAUUCACAACAUUCAAGAUUGUAAUCUUGGAGGCUCAAGACUGAUUGAACCCAAAUAUAUAGAGUUUGUAUCAGCUUUGGCAGCUGGAAAGCGAGCUAGAUUAAUGGUGCAAAUCACCCCAGAUGGCAUAACUGCAUUAACAAUAGCUCUGGCUGUUGCUGCAAAGCAAACUGGUGGACUCCUUAUUUGUAUUGGUCAUGAAGAUCAUAUAGAAAAAAGCAAAGCGCUGUUUAUGAAAAAUAGCCUCGAAAACAUGAUCAAAUUUAUCUAUGGAAAUCCUUGUGAAGUGAUCGAGCAGUACAAAAAUAUUGAUUUUGCAGUUAUUGAUUGCAAAUUUCAAGAUCACUUGAAAAUAUUCAAAACCAUAAACCUUAACCCUAGUCGGUCUACAAUGGUUGUGAAUAAUUUUCACCAUAGGAAAGAUGGGAUAUCAUUUGCUGAAGUUGUUGAGGGAAAGAAUUGUGGAGUUAAAUCUGUUACUCUUCCUAUAGGAGAAGGAAUGCAUUUGACAAGAAUUGGAUCAACUAGUAAGCGAGAGAUCAACAGGAGAUACAAGAGAUUUCAUGUAACAUAUGAGAACUGA